GCAGUUUCAACAAGAUCUAAAGAUUAGAUCGAUACGAUAGCUCUGUAUUGAGUAUAUAAAUAAUUCAAAUUCAACGAGCGUGUCAACUCUUUUACUUGAAACACGUUACGGCCAAAGUCUCGAAAUACUCGAAAUAUGACGUCUGCUGGUGCUGGGUCUGCUGCAUCGUUGGUCUGCUGUGAACAGGCAGCUGUGGUUCAGCGAAAAUGCGAUCGCGAUCGCCAACUUGAGGUGGUUAAAGAUGGCGGCUGCCUCAGCUGAAAAGGUGUUGUACACGCAAGACUCCGUCUCGGUUCGUUUCCCGGGUCCCCGUGGAGAGGAAGCUGUCAGCGGGAAACUGGAAAUCUCGAGAGAGCCCCAUGGGUUCGUGGUGUCGUGGGUGCCUUACCCUCCCUCCCCCGCCAAGCCCCAGUGCCCGGACGACCCGGACGACCUCUGGGAGGACCUGUCUGCCGACAGCACGGUCACCUACCACCCGUCCCGCAAAGGCAGCGCAAAAUCUCUGCAGUCUGUGAAGAUCAAGGCGGAGAAGGGCAGUGCUGCCGCCGUGCCCCCGCCGAUUGAGUUCGAAGUGAGCGAGCUCAACUCGUACCAAUGCCGGCAAGUCAACGGCAUGCACGAGCUCAGCCUGAACCUCAGUGAUGGGAGCCUGGUGCCGACCUUCGUCUUCCUCGAGCGCCGCCACGAACACUUUCUCCGAGCCCUUCGAGAGUACCUUACCUUCAAAAGGUCACGGAAGGACCACUCGCUCUUCCUGGUAAAGAUGCCGCCUAGGGAAGCUCUGCAGAAGUCCUUCGACGAGCUGGACAUCUUCAACGAGCGCUCCAGAUACAACAUUGUCUCCCGCUUCCUGGAGAGCCCAUACGUGACGACGAUGGACAGCUUUGCCAAGAUGACGCAGUAUGUGACCGGGGUGUCUGGGCCAUCCCAGAACUACCACCUGUACAGCAGCGAUGCGGAGGACUUCCAGCAGCCGGACAGCUUCACGGAACUCGAGAUCAGCGAGCACGGUGGAGAGCCCGGCUUCGAGGUCGUUGUCAGGACUCUUCCGAAGAGGCCCGAUGUGAAGCGCAGCGACCCCUUGGGCCAUAUUGAGUGGGCCCUGUCCUACGACAACGAAGGGCGGGUGAUGCACGAGCAGGAGCUUAGGGAGCGCAUCUUCAGAGGGGGAGUGGAGCCUGAACUGAGGAAAGAGGUGUGGACCUUCCUCCUCGACUACUACAGCUUCGAGUCGACCUACAAGGAGAGGGAGGCACGCCGGAAGUCACUCAAGGAUGACUAUUACCGCAUGAAGCUGCAGUGGAAGUCGUUCAGCGAGGAUCAAGAAUCGAGGUUUGCGGACUUCCGUGAGAGAAAGAACCUCGUUGAGAAGGACGUCAGCCGGACAGACCGUGCCCACGCAUUCUUCCAGGGCGAAAACAACAGCAACGUGGAGAUGCUGUACGACAUCCUCAUGACCUACUGCAUGUACAACUUUGACCUUGGCUAUGUGCAGGGCAUGAGCGACCUCCUCUCCCCCAUCCUGAUUGUCAUGGAGAAUGAGGCGGACGCCUUCUGGUGCUUUGUCGGGUUUCUCAAGCGAGUGUCGUCCAACUUUGACCUGGACCAGAGUGGCAUGAAGGAACAGUUGAGUCAGCUCUACGAUAUCCUCUCUCUGGCUGUACCCAAGUUGGCCAUCUACCUUGACGAGCAGGAGUCUGGCAACCUGUACUUCUGCUUCCGCUGGCUGCUGGUGCUCUUCAAACGGGAGUUCAAGUGCGAAGAAAUCAUGAGGCUCUGGGAGGUCCUUUGGAGUGGCUUGCCUUGCAAGAACUUUCAUUUGCUCAUCUGCAUUGCCAUCCUGGACAAUGAGAAAGAUCUGCUCAUUGAGAACAACUACGGGCUUAACGAGAUCCUCAAGCACAUAAACGACAUGAGCUACCAGAUCGACCUCGACAAGUCACUGUCCACGGCAGAAGCCAUUUACCAGCAGCUCCUCGGUCUGGCCAAGCUCCCAGAUUCGGUGCGGCUUGCUCUCGACAUACCACUCGGCACGGCAGAUCCCACCCAAAACGGCAAUGGCCCCGCGGAGCAGACGGAAUUCCUGACACCCGAACACCUCUCACCCGUGGAGCCGCUGACCAUGUCUUCGCCCGAGGUGGCCGACCGAUCGCGAUCGGGCAGUGGCCGAUCGGCCGGCCGCACGACGAGCUCGAGCUCCAACAGCGUCGAAGUGAUCCCCGAUCGCGACGGCGAUGUCGAAGCCCACUACGAGCGGCACUUUGACAUGAUCAACUGAGCGAGUGUGGUUAGAGACGGAUGCAAUCUUUAUUCGGUGGGUCUCUUUUUCUAUUGCCGGUGCCGGUCGUGCCUAAUCGUGGUAUCGACUAGGUCGUGUCGGCACCGGUGUGGGUGUUGGCGAAAACAGGCGAGACUGCGUCCCUGUUCUUUUUCGUGCGGUGCCUCUGGAAAGCAGUUCCGCAUUUUGGUUAACCCCUUAAAGUUGCGGCUAGAUGUAGGUUGCUUCUCUUUCGGGCGGAAGUUUUUAGUCUAGAUAUGAUCAAUGUCCCCGGGCUUUAACGAUCGGACUCGCGUUGUGCAAGCACCUGACCGAGAAGCCUGGGCUUAUCUCGGUUGCAACUCUUGCAGCUAGCUACAUCUAGCUGCCGAUUUUGCAAUUUUAUAUUUGUGAAGCUUGCUCUCUAUUACCCCAUGGUUCCGUUUCCAGUGAAAGCGAGUUUGUCUCGACUCUGCUCCGUGUCUGACUGUCGUUGCGACUUGUCGCACUCGACGAAAUUGCGGCCUCCGUUUCAUCGGCGGUUCAAGGCUAGAAAGCAGCGACUGUGUAUUUUCUUGUUAUAAGUAUUCAAGUGGUUUUUGUCUUCGUUGUACUGUCCGGUGCUGCUACAAUCAAGUUUUUAUCACCAUUUGAACAUAGAUUGGAAGGUGACAAUCUCGACCAAAAUUGUGUCUUUCGUCGAGGUCUUUUUUUUUUUUUUUGCACAUAAUGAAUGCUGGCAUUAUAACGGUUCAUUAUCUUUCCUGUUGGUGUAUUUUUUAUGUGUAACCCGUGUUUUGAAAAAAUGCAAAGCUUUAGACCAAAAUGGUUGCACCCUCUUGUUUUUGAUUUUGGUGCACUUUUCCAAAUGGGUCUUUCAGAUGCUCCUAACUUUUUACUAUUAUUUGGACUUGGUAUUUUUGUGAGGGUAAGGCACACAUGCGUGGAAGAACAUUCAGUAGUUUCUGAAUCAUCAAACAAAUGUUUAAUUAGACGGUAGCAAAUUUGAUGAGAAAAGGUAUCCAAGAUCUCAUGCACCUUUUGUUUUUUGACAUGGCCUACAGCAUUGUCGCGAAUUUACUAACAUUGUAACGUCGAGGAUUUGUAGGCCAACAGGUUUGUGCCUCUUGCAUGCCUCUGAAAUUCGGCCAACCUUUUUCUCUGUAUUAUUUAUUAGCACCGUGGCUGUUUACCGACUGUGUUUACAUAUUUGUUUUAUGCUUGGUGGCACAUAUUCCGGGUAUAGUGUCUAAAAGAAAAGCAGUAGCUACUUGCUCUGUUCCAUCUGCUAGAGAGAGUUGCAUGUGACACAUUAUGAUAUUUUGAAAAUUGUGCUCUUUUAUUGUCCAGAUUAAUGUAGACACAUUUAAGUUUGUUCUGAGAUUAGGUUUCAACAUUGUAUAUUUCCUCGAGAGACACAUUUUUUCAGAAAUAAAAGAGAUGUUUAUCCGUGUAA